UUCAAUGACCGUUGCCAAUAUUUUAUUAUGCAAUCAGCAUGGCAGAUUUGUCUGGCAAGGCGGUCGCCGUUUCUCUGGCAAUAUCCUUUUUGAUUGGAACUUUCGUGGGUUACAAAUGUAACUCGUUGUACAGGCAGCAUUUGCAGAACAAACGAGACCGUCUCAGGAAACAAGCCAUUGAGAUUCAGACGAAACUGAAUGCAUCAUAAAAAGAAACAAAACGAUAUCUGAGUGCCACUGGAUAUGUCCAGUGACUGCGACAAAGUUGUCAACCACCCCCCUGCCAUGAAGCCAGUUGUGUUGGUGCAUGGCGGGGCGUGGGCCAUACCAGACGACUUAGUGCAGGCUAGCUGUCAAGGGGUACAGAAUGCAGCCAAGACUGGCUACCGUGCGCUGACUGAGGAGGGAGCUACGGCCUUAGAUGCUGUGGUGGCUGCUGUCUGCGUGUUGGAGGAUGACCCAGCAUUUGAUGCAGGAACAGGAUCCGUGUUGAAUGAGGACGGUGACGUUGAGAUGGAUGCCAUCGUGAUGGAGGGACGGCACCUGCAAACCGGGGCUGUCGCCUGCGUCAAGAACAUCCUGAACCCUGUCAAGCUGGCUCGACUCGUCAUGGAAAAGACGGAACAUGUCUUACUUGCCGGAGACGGGGCCAACAAGUUUGCCAGGAGUGUUGGGAUGAAGGAGGUCCCCACGUCUGUCCUCGUUAACAACGAUGCUGUCAAAGAACUUGACCAUUUCAAGAAGUUUAAGAAAACUGUGAAUGGACUGUUUAGCACAAGAGACCAUGACACAGUAGGUGCAGUAGCAAUAGACAGACAGGGCAAUGUAGCAUGUGCCACAUCGACUGGGGGAAUCACAGCCAAAAUGGUGGGCAGAGUUGGCGACAGCCCAAUCAUUGGAAGUGGAGCCUAUUGUGACAAUGCGGCAGGAACAGCAUCCACCACAGGUCAUGGGGAGUCCAUCGCCAAGGUUACACUAGCACGACGGGUCGUGUACAACAUGCAAAAUGGGCACAGUGCCCAACAAGCAGCUGAAGAGGCUCUCUCCUACAUGUCCACCAGAGUCAACGGGGCAGGGGGAACCAUCGCACUGGAUAGAACGGGCAACGCUGGGAUAGCCUUUACCACAGAACGCAUGCCCUGGGCUUGGGUUGGGAGUGGCUCCCUUCAUUAUGGCAUCAACCCAGGGGAAGACUUCACCAUGGCAAGCUGAGUUAACUUGGGCAGGGGGAACUACAGCACUGGAUAGAACGGGCAACGUUGGGAUCGCCUUUACCACAGAACGCAUGCCCUGGGCUUGGGUUGGGAGUGGCUCCCUUCAUUAUGGUAUCAACCCAGGGGAAGACUUUACCAUGGCAAGCUGAGU